AUGAGAGGCAUAAAUACCGACCAUUCCCGUGAACUGCGCGAGAUCGCGCUCCGACUUGCCUCAACGAUGAGGUCAAUCGCAGCCCUCAGCUCCUUUGGCACCGUCUUCCUUGGGAGAGCUUUUGCUGCUGUCAUUGUUCCUGGUGCACCAUGGGUUGACACGUCAGGGAACUCCAUCCAGGCGCAUGGUGGCGGACUGCUCAAGGUGGAUAGCACCUACUAUUGGUUUGGAGAAGACAAGGCGUCGAAUAGUGCGCUCUUCCAAGCAGUAAGCUGCUACACGUCCACGGAUUUGACGACAUGGACUCGGCAAAACAACGCCCUCACACCGAUUUCUGGGACAAUGAUAUCGAACUCCAAUAUAGUGGAGCGGCCUAAAGUCAUCUUCAAUAAAAAGAACCAGGAAUAUGUGAUGUGGUUUCACAGCGACAGCUCUAACUAUGGGGCUGCUAUGGUUGGUGUCGCGUCUGCCAAGUCGCCGUGUGGUCCGUACACUUACAAGACUUUGCUCCCCCUUGGUGCUCAAUCACGCGAUGAGAGCAUUUUCCAGGAUGGUCAACGAUGCGGCAUAGCUGCCCAAACGUCAUAUCUACUGUACGCUUCAGACAACAACCAGAACUUCAAGAUUUCGAGGAUGGACGCAAAUUAUUAUAACGUGACAACACAAGUGAACGUUCUUAGUGGCUCAACGCUUGAGGCUCCGGGAAUUAUCAAGCGCAAUGGGCAAUACUAUCUGUUCGCCUCUCACACGAGUGGAUGGGAUCCUAAUCCCAACAAGUGGUUUGUCGCAUCGAGUAUAUCCUCAACUUUUUCCGCACAAUCCGACCUCGCGCCGCAAUCGACACGGACCUAUUAUUCACAGAACGCCUUCGACCUGCCGCUUGUCUCGGGCAACGCCAUCUACAUGGGUGAUCGCUGGCGCUCCGACAUUCUCAGCACCUCGUCCUAUAUCUGGCUGCCUCUCACAUGGGCUUCUGGCUCGCCUCAGCUCGUUUGGGCCGAUGUUUGGAGUCUUAAUCUGGCCGCGGGGACAUGGAGCAUCGCAAGCGGUACCACCUACGAGGCCGAAAAUGGCGCAUUGAGCGGCAGCGCCGUCAUUCUACCGACAGACUCUUCCUUCAGCGGCAGCAAGGCUGUUGGGUAUCUGGGCAACGGUGGUAGUUUGACCAUCACCGUGCAGGGUAUCGGGGCGGCACAAUGGGUUAGCUUCUACAUUGCCAACGGCGACUCUUCUUGGCGAAGCACAACUGUUAGUGUGAACGGCGGAUCGGCUGUCACCCUCCAACAGCCAACUACGGGAGGCGGGCAUGUGGUUCUGUCCAUCCCAAUGAAACUCACACUGAGAUCGGGCUCCAAUACCAUUACCAUUGGGGCCAACCAGAGCAACUAUGCGGCCGAUCUCGACAAGGUCAUCGUGUACACUGCUACUUAG